CUAGGCACAACGUCAAAUAUGGCCGACGACGAAACAACAGAAAAACCUGUGUGCAGUUUUUUCAAGAAAAGAGGUCGACAGCAAACACGACGGAGGAAACACAGUGACUCUAACAGUGACAGUAACAGUGAGGAUGGAACGAUAGUCAAGAAAAAGGAAAAGAAAAACUUCGUCAAGAAUCCGAUGAUGCAAACAACGGGAAGGUUGAAGGCCAGUAAUGACCACCAGUACAGCAGUGACAGUGACGAAGACAAGAUGACUGUCAGCUUCAAGUCAUCACGGUCAGGGAAACGAGAAGGUCCAACAGACAUGGGGGCAACAUCUAUUGUGGAGAUUGACACAGCAUUAGAUCAAGAUGCCCAAGCAAUAUUUGAGAAAUCACAACUGAUCAAUAAGGAUGGUAAGGGUAAGGAGGAUGACAAGGUAUACAAAGGAAUUAACAACUACCAGGUGUUUUAUGAGAAGCGGGACACAGCACAGGGUAAUGCCUCCAGUGGGAGUGUCAGAAAAGGGCCUAUUCGUGCCCCAGCCAACCUUCGUGCCACAGUGAGAUGGGAUUACCAGCCUGAUAUCUGUAAAGAUUAUAAGGAGACAGGAUUCUGUGGCUUUGGGGAUUCAUGCAAGUUUUUUCAUGACCGAGGUGACUAUAAGCAUGGCUGGCAGUUGGAACGAGAGAUGGAAGAAGGGAGGUACGGAAAGAAUGAUGAGGGGAACUACGAGAUAAGUAGUGAUGAAGAAGAAAUGCCAUUCAAGUGUUUCAUCUGUCGAAAUUUUUUCACUGACCCAAUAGUGACAAAAUGUAAACACUACUUCUGUGAGAAAUGUGCCCUCAGCCAGUAUAAAAAGACCAAGAGAUGUUUUGUGUGUGGGGAACAGACCAUGGGAGUGUUUAACCCGGCGAAAGAUGUGAUCGCUAAAAUGAAAAAAGGAAACAUACAUAAAGACAAUGUAGAUACCCGGGAUCAAAGUGGAGGCGGAGGAAGUGAUGAUAGUGACUAACUGUGCCUGAUUCAGUGUGUGAGAAAUCAAAGGCAGACAGACUGGAAAUGUACUUUGAAAAUCUUUAUUUCGAUGAAGUGUGAAAGUGGGUGACAAUGGUGAAUUUGUCAUUGAUUCAUGUGACUUACCUUCAGAGCAGAAGCUGGUGACUUUGUGAUACAGAAUGAAGACAUCUGUAUUUGUUGCUUUUGAAGAAUAUAUUGGUAUUGCUUAGAGAUAAAACAAUCCAGAUAUGUGUUCAUUUUUAUUGUUGAAACAGUUGAUCAACCACUUUGCAAAUUUUGGAGAUUUUUUAUAAAAUAUCUAUACACGUAACUACAGAAAAAAUAUUCCUAUUUCUAAAUCUAAGAAUUGUGGUCCGUCAAUUUUCUCCACUGAAAUAAAGAAAUAACAUGUAGUAAACAGAGAUGCCCUAGAUAUCACAAGAACUUAAUACACAUGUAGUUCCAUGUUUCACUACAGGACUGCUUUCUUUGUCUGUGGUUAAUGUAAAAUUGCACCAAAAAACUAAAUUCAUAUGUACAAUGAAAAUAGAUAUGUAUUAAAAGUGAUUUUAUUGAC